AUUUUGUUCAUCAGACAUAGAUAUAGAUACGAGUAUAAAUACAUUUGUUUCUUUCUUCAAAUGUACUGUACCAAAACAUUACGACCAUCUUACUCUCAUUUAAUAUAAGUUAAGGAAAACCAUUAUAUAUGAAACUUGUCUGAGGAAAAACAACUACAUAUAAAAAUGCAAAUAUGCAAAAACUGUGAAAAAUAGGACAAUGUGACAUAUGGCUCCAUAAAAAACGCCAGGUAUGUGAUAUUUGUAGUUUAUCCGGAUUACUGAAAUCUUCACCAAAAACAUUAAAUGGUAUCCCCUUGCCAAUUUUUUAUGUAACAGACUAUAUAUUUCGUUGGUUUGCCAUUAUUUUUUUCAUUUGAGAGUAUAAUCUGUCAAACAUGGAGGUGAAACUUCUAUUUGGGUGUUUUGUGCUUGCAACAUUAUGUCAUCUUGGAGACUCGUGUUCAUGUUUACCAGCCAGUAUCCAGAAAAAAUAUUGUAAAUCUGACUUUGUGAUGAAAGUGUGGGUGACAAGUACGUUGCAAAGUCUAAGUGGAGAACAAGGUUUUGACGACUUCUAUAAUAUAAGAAUAUUAGGACGCCCUUGGAAGUUUGUUGGUGAUAAGGAUGUUGCCGAUUUAAAACGCGUGUAUACUGCUAGCAAUGGUGCCCUGUGUGGAGUAGAACUUCAGAAAGGAAAGAGAUACCUUAUCUCAGGUAAAGUAAGCGGAUACAAGUUGAGGAUAGGCCUAUGUGAAUCUAUCGUACAACGAACGAGAUUGCCAUCAUCUACAAAAAGAUUGAGAUCGCGUCCACCAAACUGCGCUCUUAUUUCAGGCCCGAAAAGGGUAAAAUAUAAAAAAUAAAAUUUUAGAAAAACGUAAAGAUAAUUUGAUGAAUAAGCAUAAAAAUGCAUGGAAUAAAAUGUCAAAUUUGUUAGCAGUUUGUUAGCUGUAACUGGUGAAAUACACUGGGAAAAUUUCAAAAGCUGCACAAAGAGUUUUAAUAUUUUUUUAUCAGAAUAUUGAAAUGAUCCCCAAAUUAAAACAGGCGCGUUUAACCCGGUUGCACAAGAAAAUAAAAUACGAGUAAAUUUUACAAUUGCCAUUUCAGUAGUCUAAACAAUUAUUAAGCAAAGAUUCCAGACACUGUGUCUGAAUUUUAAAAUCAAUAUUCUUUCAAAACAGGUGCUAUGAUUUAAUUAAAUCAAAG